UGCGAGAUGUCGGGGGUGCAAGGGGAUACAGGAUGGGUGGUGUUGUACCGCUAUGCCUUCCCGGUCACCCCUAUACAAGGUUUCGUGAACACAGAGCCCAGUGGGAACUACAAUGAUUGGAACUACUUCAUCGGUUUCCAGGCAAUUCGAGACAUGAACUGGAAUGAGGAUGGAAGUGUCAGACCAUUGGUUCUACAUAUGAGGAUCACACUAGACGAUGGAAUGGUGUACUUCGCAACGUUUGGCUCCGUGGAGAUAACCAAUGAUGACCACCUCAAACUGAAGACAGCAGGAACUUUCCACGGCACUGCUGGUUACAUACUCGCUGAUAAUAUCGGCCGGAGUCCUGGGAGUGACCUGUGGUGGGAGUGUCCCCCCAACACCGUCGACAAGUUCUACUUCUGCACGUCUGUAACUUGGGACAAAAUGCAGAUUCCAUCUUUGGGUUCACCGAACAUCACCCACCUGGUGGUGCUGGCACGACCAGUGAGCUUCGAUAACGAGGUGGCCUGUCCCCCCGUGAUCAACUAUUCACCGUGGACAUGGCACUGGGCCUCCAGCGCCUUUCUGGACGAGAGCCGCGCCCCGGGCAGCAUAGCCAAUUACACAUGUCGAAAUUAUUAUGUGGAAGGCGUGAGUAGACCUGAGGCGGAGCGGACCACCUCAGGCACCGCGACCUGUAACAGCGAAACUCCUUCCGCCUGGUCCGUCAUCCCAGAAGUGCCCUGCCAGUUCGUGUGUCCCAGCAACUGGGACAGGAUUCCGGGAGCAAACUAUUGCAUCCUGCCAUCCACCACCGCCUCAGCCCGAGGCGUCCUUGGCGCUGCACUCGAGUGCGGUGCAAACAACGACUCCACUUUGGCGCUGCUGCACCAGAACGGCAUGGACACGUCCAAGCUGACAGAAGGAACUUACUACUACACUGGCCACACAUAUAUGUCUGUACAUGGCUCCUUCUACCCCACGCUGCCCACCUCGAUCACCUGUGCCGCAGAUGAGCCGUGCGAGGGCAGCGACACCCUGGCUUGCCUGGCAGUGAUGGUGCAGAAAGCCGGUGACCCCUUGCAGUAUCGAGCUCAGGACUGCAGCCGAGCCGACACCCACCACCUGUGUGGCUGGCCAGGAGUUUGCCCAACCAAUUACUACCUGCACGAAGGACUAUGUUACCAGGUGCUCUCGCCCGUCACUCCUUUCACUAAUUUGGCUGAGGCUCUCUCUGCCUGUGUCACCAAAGGCGGCACCCUGGCCUAUCCUGAGACCCUGGCAAGGUUAACCUACCUCGAGGGUUUGGUGAGGAUGCAGAGUACUUUUGUCGAGCCCGGAACUGCAAUCCUGGGACUCAAUGACAGGUUCGGCGACUGGACCGUGGAGAACCGCUACACUCCCGCCGAAGAUGUGAUUAGCAGUGCAGGGAUCACCAUUGGCGACGCCCACUACCGGUUGCUGCAAGUUGGAGGAUUAGGGUGGUCUCUUACCCACACUACCCUCACACCAUGGGGUGAAAUCCGCUUCGCCAUCUGCCAACUGUUCGGCGUGCGAGAAUGUUGGACGCCGCCACUUCCACCCACCGUUAACAUGACGUUCACUUACGACAACAUGACGCAGGUGCGCGCCAGCGCCUCCUACAGGUGCUACCCCGGCUACUUCCUGAAUGGGAAUCUCAAUGUACGGAACCAGACAGCGGAGUGUGUGGGCCAGCUGGGUGGUUGGCUAAUGAACCCUCCCACUGACCCCGUGUGCUUGGCUAUUGACGUAUGUUCUGUGCCAACGUCACCCUCCAUGCUUAUCACCAACACCACGGGCAUCAACCACCUGCAGCUCAACGGUACCGUCACCUUCACCUGUCCGCCCGACACCACCACGCAGAGCCUUGCCACCAACCAGACCCUGACCUGCACCGAGAGCUUCAUGAACACCUACUUCUAUGUACCCCAGACUGUGGCAGCGUGUGAUGUGUGUCUCGGGAGCCCCAGCGCAGUGAACGCUACCACAAGCUGGAGCGAGAAUACUAUGUACACUAUUGGCAUGGAGGUGGUGGUCACGUGCUUCAUGUCUCACACCUUCGAUCUGUCAGGGCGUUCGAAUCAGACCGUCUCGUGUUUGGAGACUGGAUGGUCCGACCCGUUGCCCUGCUACAAAGCUUGUGUGCUGGAGCCCCCAUUGGCUGGAGCCAGCAUGACGCAAGAGCCACUCCUGCUCACCAACAACGCCGUCGGCACUGAGGUCGUCUACACAUGCGACGGGACCCUGAAGACACUGCUUGAGGGAAGCACAAGUCUUGUUGCCUCCACUACGGUGAUCUGCGGAGAAGACGGCCAGUGGAACCUCACAACGCCCCUGCCGCCCUGCCUUGCCUAUUGUGAGGGUGAGCCGGCAGUUCCCAACGCGAUCACCACGUGGAGCGCCACUGAGCAUUACCUAACCGGCCAGAACGUGACCGCCACUUGCCUUGACAAAUACAUCCUGGUGAACGACGAGACCAACACCCAGAUGCUGAAAUGCACCGAGACGGGCUGGACCCCGGGCACGCCAUGUGAAAAGGGCUGCUCAACGGGCAUUCCAGCAGCGGGCGCCAACAUGACGGCGCCAACUCUAACGGACCGGAGGGAGGGCACCACCUUGAAUUAUAUCUGUAAUCCCGGCACCUUCGCCACAGUCGAUGUUACACAGCCACCCGCCACAUUCAUAACAGUGACAUGCAGCACCAGCGGUCUGUGGGGCGCCAAUGCCGAUGCCGUGGAAACAAUUAUACUUCCGGAAUGUAUGACAGGAACGACAGUGCAGCCACCGAUGUCUGGAGGAGCAGUACUGUCAGGGGUGGAUCCUCCUUACGUGAUGGGCACAGUGCUCACCAUGUCCUGCGAAAAGGGGUUCACGUCCCUCACCGGUGUCCCAUCCACGACCCUCACCUUCGACGGAACUGUUUGGGUGCCUAACGACCCCAACUUCCACUGUCUCGCAGGUACGUAUGCAAGAAAUGUAAAUGUGCAUGCUGUGAGAAACACACGUCUGUCUUCCCCUCCCAACCCUCCAUUCUCAACUAUUGGUUAACAUGUAAAUUAAGAAAUGCACCGUCUUUUUUUAUUAUUAUUAUUAUUAUUAUUAUUAUUAUUAUUAUUAUUAUUAUCUUUUCGACUGAGAAAAAAAAACAUUCUUAUUAGAUGAGAGGAGGUAAGUGGUAUUUUUUUAUGAUGAAUAUUUAGGAAACUAAUCAGAGUGAGAGAAAAAUUGUUGUUGGAGAAAAUAAGGUAAAGGGAAACUGUCAUGCGCAUUCCUGUUUGCGACGCUUCAGUUCCCGGCAUAACAUUUUCUUUUAAGCUACAAACACUUUGGAAAUUCAGACAUAGGAGGAAAGAUUAAAAGAAAGCAAGCAUAUAAGAUGAGUGCUCUGGGUUACUCUUGCAACACCACCUUACCCCCAUUCUGACAGUCACGUGUUUUACCUCAUUCAGCAGAUUUACAUUUUCUGCCUUUAUCAUUUAAUACUGGUGUGUGAUGAAUAUAAAAUGUGAAAUAUUAGUGAGUUUUCAUUGCAUGAUAACUGAGAAUAAUGACUCUAUACAUGUUUUGUCAAUGCAAUAUAUUGAUAUAUUUAUGAAUAGCAAUAGUUUAUAAGUUUCAUCUUUAUCUAUUGAAUGAGAGAUGAAUAGUGUGUUUGGUGGUGUGAAAUGCGUGAAAGGUGAUAUACGUGGAUGAGUGCAUAACUGAAACACUUGUGUACAUACAUGCAGCAUCAAUUAUCCCAACACCUGAUGAAACCCAUCAAACUAAAUCGCCCGCUAUUUGUGAUUAAGGUGAUGUUGCGAGGUUGUAAAUAAAGACUGAAAUCACACUGCUCGUUUUCCUAUGCAAUCUCUAUCA